GCUUCUCUGGCCGAUAAGGCCACUCAUAAAACAGAAGCUUAGCCAGGGCCAGACCUACAGACGUCCACGGACACACCAUGAUCAGGACACUGCUGCUAUCUGCCUUGGUGGCUGGAGCUCUCAGCUGCGGGUUCCCCACUUAUGAGGUCGAGCAUGACGUGAGCAGGGUAGUUGGAGGUGAAGAGGCCACACCCAACAGCUGGCCCUGGCAGGUCUCCCUGCAGUACCUUACUUCCGGAACGUGGUUCCACACCUGCGGAGGCUCCCUGGUGACCAACAACUGGGUUCUGACAGCUGCCCAUUGUAUCAGCAACUCCCGGACCUACCGCGUGGUGCUGGGCAGACACAGCCUCUCCACCUCGGAAUCCGGCUCCGUGGCUGUUCAGGUCUCCAAGCUUGUGGUCCACGAGAAUUGGAACCCUAACAGGCUCUCCAAUGGGAAUGACAUCGCCCUGGUCAAACUGGCCAGCCCAGUGUCCCUAAGCAGCAAGAUCCAGACGGCUUGCCUCCCACCCGCUGGCACCAUUCUCCCAAACAACUACCCCUGCUACGUCACAGGCUGGGGCCGGCUGCAGACCAACGGAGCCACUCCUGACCUCCUGCAGCAGGGCCGCCUGCUGGUUGUGGACUAUGCCACCUGCUCCAGCGCUAGCUGGUGGGGCAGCUCUGUGAAGACCAACAUGGUGUGCGCUGGUGGUGACGGUGUGACCUCCAGCUGCAAUGGGGACUCCGGCGGACCACUGAACUGCCAGGCGUCUAACGGCCAGUGGCAGGUGCAUGGCAUUGUGAGCUUUGGCUCUUCCCUGGGCUGCAACUACCCCCGCAAGCCAUCUGUCUUCACCAGGGUCUCCAACUACAUUGACUGGAUCGACUCGGUGAUUGCUAAGAACUAAGCAAAGACAUCUCUGCAACUCGGCACCUUGGAAAGGCCACAGAAAGGAAACAGUAAUAAAGUGACUUCAGAAUCA